AUGGAGGAGAACAGUGAAGUCAGACGCAGCAAUCGUCGAAGCCAACCGCAUCACCGCCGCCAAAGCCAAACGCGGGGCAUGCAAAUCUCAACUGCCGCUGCCGCUGCCGCCGCCUCACAGCGCCAAUGCCCAACCGCCUCCAACAUGUUCACGAUGACAAAGGACAUUCCGGGCGCCAAUUUGACUUGCUGGACACCUCCGAACCAAUCUGAGCACCCGGACUGCGCCAACCGUCUUCUUUCCUUCCACUUUUCCCUCGCCACCUACGUUUACAACUAA